AUGAUCACCAAGCUGGUUCACUAUGCUGCCGACGCCGUUCUCGUCUCUGCUGUCCUCGCUGGUAUCAAGCGUAGUACUGGACUGAGCGUUGCCACCAAUAAGAUCGAGAGCGAUGAUGUCCGCUCGUAUGUCGACAAAUACUUGACUGUGGGCGAAUGGGUCGUCGAUCAGGGUACUGCCUUCAUGUCAGCUUCGUCCUACUUUGAGCGCAAGCGGUAA